CAGGCAUUAAUUCAGAGGCUUGUAAUGAGAUGGAUUCUGAGAGAAAACGCAGAGCUUACACAGCCGUGUGCCUCCUCGCAGCCAUCUUGGCGGGAAGUCCUCAUUUCUCUCUCCUUUUGGAUAUCUCUAAAAAGGGAAAAGAAACACCAACUCUUCAACUGAUUCCCUUUUUAUAAAUCCAGUGCAAAGGAAGUCUAGAAAAUCAACGUAUGUGGUUACACUCCAUGAUACCCCCAAAGAAGUAAUUCAUCUCUAGUGGACCUGAAUACCUUCUAUUAAAAAGAUGCAAGAAAGUCCUUGUUUUCCCCUUCCCAAUGGAUUCGGACUACUUAUAUCACUCAUCCCUGGGAUGGCAGUGAUUUUGUCUUCCUCAAGACUAGGGCUUACCUUCUCUGUAAUAUCAAAUUGAUCAUCAACGAGACAGAAAAUUUUUAUUGGAAAUUCUAAUGGCCAAUAUUUUAUAAUAAUGACUUAUUGAAUCAAAGAGUUGGCAUAUAGUUUAAAAUUAAUUACGGACUUUAAAAAUCAUAUAUGAUUGGUUACCAUUCACUAGAAAAUAAAGAUUAGAUAUUAAACCUUCCAGGUUGGCACCACCCAGGUACUUGUUUCUUGAAAACACCUGGGAUGUACUGUGCAACUUCAGAACAGCCCUAAGUUCUAUGGACUUUAAUCUAUAUGAUGCCUCCCAGAGGUCAAAGGCUCUGGUUUAUGGUGCUUGUCUCUUUAUAACUAAAAUGCAUUUGGAAUUGCAUAGUUUGCAGCACUCAUCUGAGAACACAACAUGAAUUCAUGGUGUUUGUCUUGGCUUCUGCUGGGUGAGGUUCUUUUUGUGGUCUCCAGUCUGGCUUAUCCUGAAAGCUUUGUAAUAGAUUUAGAUGGCGGCCAGGACAAGGACAUAUUUGACAUCAAUGAAGCUUUGGGACUGAACCUUUUUGAGGGAGACAUCAAUCUUGAUGGGAGAGACAGAAAUUCAAUUGUUGGUGAUGAAUAUAGAUGGCCUCAUAUCAUCCCUUAUGUCCUCGAAGAUAGUCUGGAAAUUAAUGCUAAAGGAGUUAUCUUGAAUGCCUUUGAACGGUACCGUUUAAAAACCUGCAUUGACUUUAAGCCAUGGCAAGGGGAAGACAACUAUAUUUCAGUGUUCAAAGGAAGUGGGUGCUAUUCUUCGGUAGGAAAUAGACAUGUUGGCAAACAAACACUUUCCAUAGGAGCCAACUGUGACAGAAUAGCAACAGUACAACAUGAGUUCCUCCACGCUCUGGGAUUCUGGCAUGAACAGUCCCGUUCAGAUCGAGAUGACUAUGUUAUAAUAAUGAAGGACAGAAUUCAGGAAGGCAAAGAGCACAAUUUCAAUACCUAUGAUGAUAAGGAAUCAGACUCUCUGAAUGUUCCGUAUGAUUACACAUCAGUGAUGCACUACAGCAAAACUGCUUUCCAAAAUGGAACAGAACCAACAAUUGUGACCAGAAUCCCUGAGUUCUUGGAUGUGAUUGGACAACGAAUGGAUUUCAGUGAUUCUGACCUUGAAAAAUUGAAUCGACUCUACAACUGCUCUUCUUCCUUAACUUUUUUGGACUCAUGUGAUUUUGAAAUGGAAAAUAUCUGUGGCAUGAUUCAAAAUUCAGAAGAUAAUACUGACUGGGAAAGGGUUUCACAAGUGCUUGGUGGUCCAGACACUGAUCAAUCAAACAUGGGCAAAUGCAAAGGUUCAGGUUUCUUUAUGCACUUUAAUCGCAGCUCUGUGAAUGAGGGGGGAAAGGCAGUUCUAGAAAGCCGAAUAUUAUAUCCUAAGAGAGGGUUUCAAUGCUUGCAAUUUUAUUACUACAAUAGUGGUAAUGAAGAUGACAAGCUCAAAAUCUACGUCAGGAAGUAUACUUCAGAAAAUGAUAAUGGAUCUCUUACUCUGGUGGAUGAAGUGAAAGAUGUAUCCAUUGGGACUUGGCAACUCUAUCAUGUACCAUUGGCAGUUACCACCAAAUUCAGGGUGGUGUUUGAAGGAACACGAGGCAUUGGCACUUCAUCUGGUGGUCUCUCCAUUGAUGACAUCAACCUCUCAGAAACACGCUGUCCUCAUCAUGUGUGGAAGAUAAGCAAUUUUACACAACUCAGUAAUUCAGAAGAAACUCUCAUUAGCCCUCCAUUUUAUUCUCCUUCAGGCUAUGCCUUUGAGGUUCAAUUAAACAUAAAGGAUCAGACUGAUGUAAGGAUAUAUUUCUCCCUGAUCUCUGGAGCCAAUGAUGAACAAUUACAGUGGCCAUGUCCAUGGCAACAAGCCACAAUGACACUAUUAGAUCAAAAUCCUGAUAUUCGUCAGCGCAUGUCCAAUCAGAGGAGUGUGACUACAGAUCCAUUCCGGACAAUUGAUAAUAAUAAUGAAAUAUUUAUUUGGGACAAGCCCUCCAAGGUAGGAGAGCCAGCAAUUUUCCCUAAUGGAACAGCCUACAGCAGAGGUCCAAAAGCAGGUUAUGUCUACAUAACCCACCAAAGGAUGAGAAGCAGAGAUUUUAUCAAAGGAGAUAAUGUUUAUAUGCUUCUGACCAUGGAAGAUAUAUCACAUCUCAUUUCUACUGAGCCUUCACCUACCCCCUCCCAGAGACCAACCAAUUCUUCUGAGGUAUCACCUGGUCCAACGAAUCCUCAAACAAAUCUCUGUGCGAAUGUCACCUGUCAGAAUGAUGGCAUCUGUGUUAUCCGCAAUGACAAAGCAGAAUGCAGAUGUCAAUCAGGUAAAGAGUGGUGGUAUUCUGGAGACAGAUGUGAGACUAAAGGCUCUACCAGGGACACCAUAGUUAUAGCAGUUUCGUCCACUGUGGCUGUAUUUGCUGCUAUGCUGAUAGUGACUCUUGUGAGUGUCUACUGUGUUAAGAAGAAGUACAGUAAAGGAAGAAAUACCAAUACAUCAAAUAUAACCUUAGAAAAUAACACAUCUUUCUGAAAACAUUUUGGAAGAUAUUAAACAGCCGCAAAAUUGACAAUAAAAAGAAAUUGGAAAAUGCUGUCCCUCCUUUUCAUAGAUUCACCCAGGAACAAAUUUCAGCUGUGAGAAAUGACAAUGUUGAGAAAUGGACAUUUUUUGUAACUUAUAAUGAUUUUUUUCUUCUGCUGAAAACAUGUUCUCAGACAAUAAUUGGUAAUAUUGUCAAUGGAUUUUUAUUUUUAUUUUUUGUAAAAGUCAUUCAAUUUUGUUUUGAUGUGUUUGGAAGAAAUAGUUCAAGCUGUUUAUGAGGAAACUCCCUGGCCACCACUGGUCUUUCCAACUCCUCAGAACUGAAUUAUUAAGUCACCAACCUCUAUUCUUGGGGUAUGAGGAAUGCCAUCUCUCUAUAACUCCAGCCUCUGGAUCAUUUAGAGUCAUUAGAGGUAACCUAUUUCUCUGGCUGAGGAUUUGGGAUUGGGUUUGAUAAUAAAUGAGAUGAACACUG